AUGUUAGCUGCCGAAUUUUCAAACUCCGAUUAUUCCCGUCGUUUAUUGACCGCAAUCGACGCGAUGCGACAAAUAUUACAUACAGAGAAAAUUAAACUUCCAGAAAUAGUUGUUGUUGGCGAUCAGUCUGUGGGAAAAUCAUCAGUUUUGGAAGCACUAUCUGGUAUCCAAUUACCUCGUGCCAGUAAUAUUUGUACUCGUUGUCCACUGGAAUUGCGUUUAAAACGAUUACAAGAUACGAGUAAAGAAGAAUUUGCAACAAUUGAAUGCUUUGGUAACAACGAAACAAAAACAAUAACAAAUUUUGAUGAUAUUCAAGAAGAAGUGAUAGAAAUGACAAAAACACUAGCUGGUGAUGGCUGCGACGUUAGUUCAAAACCAAUCUAUUUGACUGUUCACAAACAUAAGAUCCCAGAUUUGACAUU